CGCUCUUCUGUGGCUGAGAGAGUGAGAGAUAAUGAGAGAGGUUAUACGUUGCUGCUGAAACUCUCAAAUUUCAGGUAAAUUCUUCAUCUCAUCUCCUCUGCUCGCCCCCCCCCCCCCCCACACUCUUUCCAGCAGUGAAUUCCAGAAGCAAAUGGUGGAGAAUGGCGUCAAGCAACCCCUAUUACACGACCAGGGUCAUCAAAAGAAGCCUCCGCCGGGAGGGGCGAGGAGGUUCCGGCGCUGCAGGACGGCGCCUUUGUCCGACGCCGUGCAAGAAUCCCCUCCCCACAGCCAGAAUAUAAGGCAUCAAGGCGCGAGCGCCGCCUCUCCAUUCGUGCCGCCGAAAGAGCUGCUGACCUGCGCGCGACCCAGCUUCCAGCUCGUCGGCAUCCUCAUGCUCGCCUACCUGCUCGCCGGGACCACCGCUUUCUACCUCGCUAUGGACAACAUUUCAGGUGACCACACAACGAGCCGCGCGCUGGACGCGCUCUACUUCUGCGUGGUCACCAUGACGACCGUCGGCUACGGCGACCUAGUCCCGGACAGCGACGCCGCCAAGCUCCUCGCGUGCGCUUUCGCCUUCGCCGGCGUGGCCCUCGUCGGCGCCUUCCUCAGCAAAGCUGCGGACUACAUCGUCGAGAAGCAGGAAGCGCUACUCUACCGCGCGAUCCACCUCCACCACGCUGACGACCGCGAGGCGCGGCGUGACAUGGAGGCGAACAAGGUCCGGUACAAGCUCUACACCUCCGCCGCGCUCGUGGCCGCACUCCUUGCGUCUGGGACGGCGUUCCUGGUAAUGGCAGAAGGGAUGCGCCCCGUGGACGCCUUCUACUGCGUGUGCGCCACGGUGACGACGCUUGGGUACGGCGAUCGUAGCUUCUCGUCGUCGGGCGGGCGUGCGUUCGCGGCGGUGUGGAUCACGGUGAGCACGGUGGUGGUGGCGCUCUUCUUCCUGUACGCGGCGGAACUGGGCGCGGAGAGGCGGCAGAGAGCACUGGCACGGUGGGUGCUCACCCGGCCGACUACCAGCAUGGACCUCGAGGCGGCGGACCUCGACGGCGACCAUAGGGUCAUCGCUACAGAAUUCGUACUGUACAAACUCAAGGAGCUGGGGAAGAUCAACCAAGAGGACAUUGCCGAGUUCCUGGAUCAGUUUGACAAACUCGACCCCAACCACACUGGCUCCCUUUCGGCGCACGACCUGGCCGUCGCGCAACCCGGUUAGCCAGACAUGUAGAGGGAUGCACAUCAGCAUGUUUGCUGAGGUUGAAACUCUUAUAGGGUUAUAUCGGUUUUCGUAAUGAUGAGAGUUAAUAAAAUUUUAUUUUACAAAAAUCAGCACAGCUACUGAAUGCUUUAGGCUGAUUUUCUGAUGGGCUGUCACACUCAUAGCCCAGUUAUCUUGUAGUUAGUCCUGGGCCAAAGAGGGCAUCA